AUGCGCUUCUCGACCGCCGCCGCCGCUUUCGGCCUCCCCCUCCUCGCCGCCGCCGAGGGCGACUUUGUCCAGCAGUACCUUGGCCAGGCCCAGGCCCUCUUCAACAAGUACAUCCCGAGCCCGAAUCGCCAUGACCCUGUCGGUGCUGCUGAGGCCAAGGUCGGAGAGAUGAAGAUGCACACCCUUACGCUGAGCAACUGGAACGAGACCCUCUUCAGCAACACCAAAGCCACCUCCACGACCCCGGAUGAGUGGUGGGUGUUCAUCACUGGCGGCAAGAAGGCUUGCUUUGGCCGCUGCGAAGACACCGAGCGCGCGUGGAACGAGACUGCCGCCAAAUUCGCCGUUACCCCGGGCGCGCCUCACACCGCGCUCCUCAACUGCGAGGACCAGCCAGUUCUCUGCCACUCAUGGUCCUCUCCUCCCGGCGCGCUCUGGGCCUUUGAAGUCCUCCCCGCGCCCAACAAGGUCAACGUCUGGGUCAAGGGCAUGAACCUGACAACCACCACCUCGGAUGACUUUGCCGGGAUGCAGAAGACAAUCAAGGAGAAGGGCUACAACGGCACCAUGUACGAGCACACUGGCGCCUUCCACCCUUACCACGGUUUUGUUGCCAACAACGGCCUCGCCAUUCCUGCCGGCUACGCCAUCUGGAUCCUGAACCUGGUUCCCAGCUGGGCUUUCAUGAUCGGCAUCUCCAUGUUCAGCCGCUACUUUGUUGGCAGAAGCGCCCGCCAGACCAUGGAGACCUCUGGACGCCAGGCCGAUGCUGCUCGCGCCGCUCCCGCCAACCGGAGAUAG